AAGGAGCGGGGCGGAGGCACCCGUCAUCCCUCGGCGGCUCCGCGGCUGUCCAUUAUGGCACUGUGCCGUAGCUUCGCCCGGCUCCUCUGCAAGCAGGCGGACGCGGGGCUGCAGCUGACCAAGCAGGCGCACUCCGUGGCGUUAGUGGGAGCCCCGCUUUCCCGGGGGCAGAAACGACGGGGAGUGGAUCACGGCCCCGCGACUCUCCGCGCCGCGGGGCUGGUGGAGCGGUUGGCUGGGCUCGGAUGCCAAGUGUAUGACUUUGGAGAUCUGAAUUUCACUCAAGUUCCCAACGAUGAACUGUACAACAACCUGAUUCUAUACCCGCGGUCAGUGGGUUUAGCCAGCCAGGUGCUGGCUGAUACUGUGAGCAGAGCAGUAGCUGCUGGGCACAGCUGUGUGACUCUAGGAGGUGAUCACAGCUUGGCACUUGGUUCUGUCAGUGGCCAUGCACGCCAGUGCCCACACCUUGGUGUGAUCUGGGUGGAUGCACAUGCUGAUAUUAACACCCCUCUUACAACUCAGUCUGGAAGCCUCCAUGGACAACCUCUCUCUUUUCUCUUGAGAGAGCUUCAAGAUAAAGUACCACAACUUCCUGGCUUUUCCUGGCUAAAGCCCUGCCUUUCAGCUUCUGAUAUUGUGUACAUUGGUUUGAGGGAUGUGGAUCCUGCUGAAUACUAUAUUUUGAAGAACUAUGACAUCCAGUAUUUUUCCAUGAGGGACAUUGAUCGUCUUGGAAUUCAGAAAGUUAUGGAAAGAACAUUUGAACAACUUAUGGGCAGGAGACAGAGGCCAAUUCACCUGAGUUUUGACAUUGAUGCUUUUGAUCCCUCACUGGCUCCAGCAACUGGGACUCCUGUCUUAGGUGGAUUAACUUACAGAGAAGGCAUGUACCUCACGGAGGAAAUACACAACACAGGGAUGCUUUCAGCUGUAGACAUGGUUGAAGUCAAUCCACUGCUUGGAGCUUCUCCAGAGGAAGUGAAUGCAACUGCUAGUCUGGCAGUUGAUGUGAUAGCAACGUGCUUUGGCCAGACAAGGGAAGGAGCACACACAGCUUUUGAUGAACUCCCAACACCCAGUUCUCCAGAUGAAUCUGACAGUGAAGAGCAAGUGAGGAUUUAAGAACCCAAAGCAUUGGGUACAGUGGACAUUACAGAGCUCUGCUGAGGCACGGGAAUGGAUAGAUUGUCAACACUUGGCACAUACUGUUAACUUCUCAAUUUUCAAAUAAACUAGCUUUUCCACUGGUUGGUGGCUACUUUAUUACAUACCAAGAUUUAUUCAUUUAGUUAAGUAUAUGCAAAUUGAGACAAUAAAAUAUUUAUUACCUUCUUAUUGGUCUUA